AUGACUCCGGCUACUGAUCUCGAAGCCCGCGCUAAAGCCUUGAAGCUCCACGGCCUGCUCGACCACUGGCCCGAGAUCGCCGCACAGCCCUGGCUACCCCAGCUCCUCGAGUGGGAAGAAACCGCACGCACCCAGCGCGGUCUCGAGCGCCGGCUGCGUCAGGCCAGACUCGGCACCUUCAAGCCGCUCGAGGACUUUGACUGGAGCUGGCCCAAGAAGAUCGACCGCGAGCAGAUCCAGGAUCUCUUCCGCUUCGCCUGGCUCGAGGACGCCACCAACGUCGUGCUCGCCGGACCCAACGGGGUCGGCAAGACCCUGCUGGCCAAGAACCUCGUCCACCAGGCCGUUCUGCGGGGAAUCAGUGCGCGUUUUCUCACCGCCUCCGAGCUGCUCAACAGCCUGGCCGAGCAGGAGUCCGCCUCCGCGCUGCGGCGCAAGAUCGCCUUCUACCAGCGGCCUCAGCUUCUAGCCAUCGACGAGCUCGGCUACCUCUCCUAUGACACCCGCUACGCCGAUCUGCUCUUCGAGCUCGUCUCCAAGCGCUACGAGCACAAACCGCUGCUGAUCACCACCAACAAACCCUUCGCCGAAUGGGGGGAGGUCUUCCCAAACGCCACCAGCGUCGUCACCCUCGUCGACCGACUCGUCCACCGAUGCGACAUCGUCGCCAUCGAAGGACAGUCCUUCCGCCUCAAGGAGUCCAAGCAGACCGCCAAGAAGCGCGCUCUGAAGCGCGCCGCAAGGAAGCGCAGAGCUUGA